CUUGUCUAGUAGGAAUAGGAUAUAUGUCAAGAGAUAUUUGUUGAGUAGUAUAAACUCCUAAUGCAUUUUACCAUUUUACGAAACACGUCUGAACUUUUAAUGUAACUUUUAUUAUUUAGAUAUUUUCAAAUUUAAUAAUUGUUUAAUAUGAUUUUAAUAUUUAAUUCUAAUAUUUAAUUUAAUUUAAUUUUUCAAAGAGGACACCCCUAUGUAGAAUUCUUGGAUCCGCCAUUGGGUUUAACUAUGGUAAUCGUGAGACAACCCAUCGGUUCGAUUUUAACUGCCUAACCAGCCAGUAACUGACCAAAAUCAGUCUCGCCUGCAUGAAAACAAUUAUCAUCAUUCAUCAAUCUAAUUCUCAAUUUCUCACAAAUUCAAUUAUCAUCAAUCUAAUUCCUACUGCUACAUGCAAGAAUCGGUCCAUCAUCAAGACAGCAACUUACAUUUUCAUUGAGAAUUCAAAGGGGACGGCGACUUGGAAGGGGUCGCGCCGUCGCGGGGGAGGGGGAUGGCAGACUGCGCGACUGGCAGUGGUUGAUGAUGGGCUGCGGGGGAUUGCUGGAACCGGCGGGGGAGGGAGAUGGCGGACUAGCGAGCUAGCACUCGGCGAGGGCGAGGUCUCGGAGGACGGAGGUGGUUGCUGCUGGAGCCAGCGGUCGCAAGGUUGGAUCGCGGGAGGAUCGUCGGGGAUCGUGGGGGGUUAUCAGGGGGCCGCAUGGGGUCGAUGGGAGACGGCGUUCGUCUGGCGAUGUCGAUGGUUUGGCCGUCUGGAGUGGAGGGUAGAGACGGCGGGGGGUGAGUGGUCUGAUGGUGAGGGAAGGGAGGGGUCCAGGUCCACGAAGGAGGAGGAUAGGGCUUGGGGCGGGGCGGGCUGGGGGUUUGUUAGUGUGUUGUAUAAGAUUCAAUAUUGAACCUCUCCCAACAACUCGAUUUAUUGGGAGCAACUGGUUCUGGACAUGGUAUCAGAUCCUGGUUGUGGCCGGGAGGUCUUGUGUUCGAAUCCCGAUGACCCCAUUUGUGAAGCACAUGUAUUCUCGUGUUCAGGAUAUGUGCAAACGAAAGCCCUUAUGAGUUUACUGGCUUUCGUUUGAGGGGCUGUGUUAGUGAGUGGUAUAAGAUCCAUUAUUGAACCUCUCCCAACAACUCGAGUUAUUGGGAGCAACUGGUUCUUGACAUAGUUUGUUUAGGGUAAAAUGUCAUCGUUUAGGGCAGGACGGCAGAGUUUGGACACGGGGGUAUGCAGCGGUCACUUAUCUUCGGUUAGUCGAUUAACCAGCUUCGAUUACUCGUCUAAUCAAUGUUCCAACCAGUUGCGCCAACCACCGACAGAAGUUUGGAAACGGUCGAUUUUCAAUUAGCCGCUAACCAGCGGUUAUCGGUUAGACCGGCUCGUUAGCUGCUAACUGAAAACCGAACUGCCACCCCUAGGUGAUAUGACAUGAUUUUUAUAGUUAGGUGCUACUCAAGAAAUUCAAAUCAGGGCCGACACUAAGGUCUAAGGGUGUGUCGGCGUGCCCUCCAAACUAUGGGGACCUCCAGACCUCCAUCAUAUAUAUGACUAAUUACUAUUACGGACUAUUGGGUUUUGAUCAUGAAUUUAAAACGAUAGAAAAUUUAUAAAUUGUGUUUCUUAUGGGUCUAAAACAAUAAUAUCAAAUAUCAAAAAAAUUAAGUUUGAAGGAUAAAGGAAUGAACAAUCACGCGAGGGGAAUACUUGCUUUCUUAUUAGACUUUUUUCAAACCAUACAAAAAAACUCAUUUAUUUUCGUGUGUUUCUUAAAUAGAAUAAAAGAGUUAAGAUUGUUGAUCCCUCAUGAUUAGCAUUAUUAAAUUUGUUGCUUUAACUUUCUUUAUUUCAGCUUUACAAAAGGGAAAAAGAAUUUAAUUUCGUCAAUUAAUCUGCUUGUACCAAGAAGGCAGUAAAACUAAGUUAAUUAAAUAAUUCGCAUUGAUUUAUCAAGCAUAAACCCAGAAUAAUUAGGUUUAAGCCACCAAUUCUAGAAAAGGAAAAAAUAAAUAAAUCAAUUAUAAAUAAUUUGUACCAUACGUAACUUUAGACUAAAAAUUUAUUAGUUUCUUCUAUCUAAUUUUGUUUACUCUAUUAUUUGUUUAUACUAUUUGAUACUUCUAAAUUUAUUUUCAUUUUCUAAUUAAUUAAUUUCUCAUGACUAUUCAUGUGAGUUUAGUUAAUUGAUUCAUUGUCAAUUUAGCUACUACCUAUAUUCUUUUAUUUGAAUUUUUUUCAUUCAAUUUCUCUAACAAUCAAUUUUUUAAUUAAAAUUUUCUAUUUAAACCAUUAUCCCUCUUUAUUUCAAAUAAAAUUAAAUAGAUAUUAUUCUGAAAUAAUAGUAUGAUUUUUAUUUAUUGAUUGAUGCUUUAUUUAUAUUAUAUUAGGUUUUUAGGAAACAAAAUUUGAACCACACUUUGUUUACAGAACAGGGCCUCCGAAAUCUCACUACCGGCCCUGAUUCAAACCUUGUACCUCCAGGUUCAAGACUCAAGACUAGUGAUAACACUACUAGACCAAGGCCUUGUUCACGCACAAAUUUUCGUUUGUUGCAGAAGGCGAACGACAUGUUAGUUUAGGAGGGCUUCAGGUAGAGGUGGCAAAUGGAUUAGAUUCAUGAAUUGCUGGAUUGGAUUGGUAGAUCCAUGGAUUAAAUGGAUUGGUGGAUUCAUGGAUUGGAUCAAGUGGAUUGGCGGAUUAUCCCUGAAUCCAAAUGACAUCUUCAAUCUUGGACCAAUAUGUAAAAUGUGAAAAGUUUUGGUACUAAAACUUCAUAAUAAAAAAACUUAGGUAGCAAAACGUAAUUUUAAAAUGAUAUUUUUCGUAUAAAAAAUAUAUUUUAGA